GUGAAUACUUUCCAGAUGCACUGUAUGUAGAGAAGAACAUGUGCCUGAAAUGUGUGAACAGUUGCCCUUCCCUUUGAAUGGUGUUAUAUUUUCUCUGUUUACUUUGAUCUUUUCCUUCUCUUGGCAUCCUUAUUUUGAUUUGUUACCUUAUAUUAACCUCAUGUAAUCUGUGAUUUUAAAAGUUGUAACAAUUACUGUAUUAACUAUCAUAUUGGACAAACUUCUUGGUAGUCCAGUAACAGUCUUUAUCUGAAAGUUCCGUUCAGAAAACUUUCCUCUGGGGUCAUUGGCACUAUUGUAAUUAUUUGUUGUAUCACUCAUGACAGUUAUUAUCUGACAUUGUUUAUAUGAUUUAAACAAUUCCUUUGCUUUUAUUGCCAUUUUUAAGUCUGUACCAAGCUACCAAAAGCCUGGACAGUUUGGGGCCUAGAGAAGGUUGGGAACCCCUAGCCUAGAUAACAUGCACAUAUGAUGUGCCUAAGAUUGAAUCAGUCAUUUAAAAUAAUGAAAGACUGGUUAACUUACAUUUACUUAACUGAGAGACGCCUUCAUCCAAGGCAGCAUUCAACAUAUGAAAUACCAUUUGUUUCGUUUUCCCUAAAGGAUCACAAGCAGGUGAAGUGACUUGCUUAUGGUCACGUGGUAUUAGGAACUGAACCCACAGCCCCUGGAUUUGAGGUUUAAGUUAGUAACCACUAUGCCACACUUAAACCGUUUACACUGGCAGUUCUGGAGGGUGCUGAACACAUAUCCUGUGUAUCCUGCCUUGCGUUCAGUGCUUCAGCGAUACGCUAAGCAUGUACGUCUGCAGCCCGGAGCCUCAACCGUGGAGCCACGAGUAGGUGGAGCUACGUGAUACGGGGUUACACUAUACAGUAGUUACUGUUAGGGGUGGAGUGUGGUGUUAUCUGACUGAAAUAAUGUCAACUAAAUCGAGUGACGUAAACGUGCAGUGCAAUGGACAGGACUCCUUCAAGGGCAAGUCAACGAUGGGCUCCGGGCUGCUGAGAUACCUCUCCUGGACACAUUCCAGCCUUCGGCACUCUAAAUCAGAUUUAGCAUCUGAUACUGUUAACAUUAAAUAGUUUACAUUCUGUUCUUCUUUCGAUUGCUCCCGUUUGGGGUCGCCACAGCGGAUCAUAUUAUUUGGGGCCACGUUCUCGCUCCUCGUUUAUUUACGUAGGAAGUUACUGAGGAUUUCAAAGCACCGACCGGCUCGCGCAGAACACGCGGCGCACUGACUGCUGGUCUGCUGAAGCCCUCAGAAGACAAUGGGCGGGAAGCGCGAGUCCUGCGGGCGGAAAUAAGAACAGGCGGGAAGUGAGGCGUCGUCCAUACGGUAAGCAAAAUAAUCGACGUAAAUGCGUGUAAUCUAAACUUAAAAAAAAACAUUAUUGGUACAUUGCCUUUUAAACUUACCUUCGCCUUCCUUACAUGCUUUUGAAGAUGAUUAUGAAGCUAGGCGAACGAAACUCUAAUAAAGAAAACAAGUCGCCUCAAUGAUGCUAUUACAGGUAUCAAAUACUGGAGAAAGUGAACAACGAAUGAACAUGAAGAGAAAUUUUAAUGAGAACCAUACAAGACAUUCUGCAGGCUAUCAGCAAAUGCCAUUAUACACUCUUAAGAAACAAGGUAACAUAACCCAACCACUGAAUCCUAUUGAAAGUGAGUUUUAUUCAUGCAAUGAAUAUUUGCCAACACAGCAUUAUGACCCUUCUUUCAUGUCAUCAGGAAUGAAUGUGUAUCCUUCUUUCCUUCAAGCUGGAAGUGAGGAUCCAUUGGUACAUAACAGUCAGCAACUGACUCCGGAAACUUACAACUUAAGAUCAUAUGCUACACAACCUGGCAAACUUCUUACAACGUUGCCUCGUUUGGACUCAGGAACAAGACGUCAACUAUUUAAUCCUGGAUCCUGGAAAGAAAAUGAUAUUUUGACGAAUAGAAAACAAAAUGAUGUUCCUUUAUGGAGUGGGCAGUGUCAGGGAAGAUUAAAUGCAAAUAAUUCUUGGAGAAAUGGUCCCAAUGAUCAACAUUGUUUCCUGCAACAAGUCAGUCCUUCAUGGACAACCAGUGAGAGAGAGUUUCAGUGGCCAGUACCUACUUCAAAUACAUUUCCUAAAAUGGCUAAAUAUAAGAAUGCUUCAUAUUCAGUAAAACCUUCUGUGGCAAUAGAAUACCAGAAGAAGUCACAGGUUAUGAUGAGUCAACCAGUAAAGAUCCAAACUACAGCUAAAAAUACACUGCGCAUUUUGACAGCUUCAAUCGAAAAGCUGAAGGAAUGGAGUCAUUACUGCGAGAGAGUACCUUUACUCUUUGAAGUUCUUGCUACCCUCGACUCUGCUGUUACAUCUGAUAAAAUGAGUGCAAAGAACUUUCUUUUAAGAGAUGAAAGAGCAACAGUACAAUGUGUGUUUUAUGAAAUAGACCGUGACCUUCCACGAUUUAUUCGAGGCCAAAUUCAUAGAUGUGUUGGCAAUUAUGACCGAAAAAAGGGCAAGUUGAAGUGUGUGUCAGUACGACCAGCAACAACAUUAGAACAAAAAAAGUUCAUUGAGUCAGUGAGAGUUUCAAAUAUUGAAGUUAAAAAGUUUAUUGCAAAUGUUAAAGAAAUUUAGAUGUCAGAUUUUUUAAAAAUCUCAGUAUGUAGGAAUCACUUCUUAAUUUAUAU